UUCUUGUUCACUUGGUUCAGGAAGAGCAACCUGUAUGGAGUCUGGCUCACCUUACCAGUGGCUGAGAGAACUGAGAUGGGACAAUGGAGGCUUUAACCCAAUCUGUGUUCUUCUUGACUGUGCAAAAUGUGUAGCAACUGGAAGCAUUAAGAACGCAGACAUGGGUCUUGAGUUCAUCUCGCACCUUGCAUCACCAGAUGGUGAUGCAGUUCAGAGAAUGGUGGCUUAUUUCAGUGAAGCCCUUGCUUACAGAAUCAUGAAGAAUCUACCAGGUGUUUAUAAAGCCCUCCAUUCCUCAAAGCCCUCAUCAACCUCAGAACAAAUAUUGGUCCAAAAAUACUUCUUUGAGCUGUGUCCUUUCUUGAAACUAGCCUACUUGACCACAAAUCAAGCCAUUGUUGAAGCCAUGGAAGGUGAAAAGCUUGUUCACAUCAUAGACCUUCAUUCUUCUGAACCUGCACAGUGGGUUGACCUUAUUACGACUCUGAAGAAACGCCCAGAAGGCCCUCCUCAUUUGAAAAUCACAGGGAUUCAUGAGAAGAAAGAAGUUUUGGAUCAAAUGGGGCUUCAUUUGACCACUGAAGCAGGAAAAUUGGACUUCCCUUUACAGUUUAAUCCAAUUGUGAGCAAGUUGGAAGAUCUUGAUGUAGAAAGCUUGCCUGUCAAGUCUGGAGAAGCUCUUGCAAUAAGUUCUGUUCUUCAGCUUCAUUCUCUUCUUGCAAGUGAUGAUGAAAUAGCUGCAAGAAACUCACCAGCCACACCCAUGAAUCUGCAGAGAGUUGUUCAUCAGCAACACAUGAGCCAGAGGACUUUUGCAGAAUACUUAGAGAAGGACAUGAUCAAUGCUUAUAUCUCAAGUCCAGACUCAGCACUAUCACCACUUUCUCUCAGUGCUUCUCCUAAAAUGGGUAUGUUUCUGAGUUCCCUAAGGAAACUCCAACCCAAACUGAUGGUGAUCACUGAGCAAGAAUCAAACCUUAAUGGGUCAAACCUAAUGGAAAGGAUAGAGAAGGCACUGUACUUCUACAGUCCAUUGUUUGAUUGCUUGGACUCAACUAUUUCAAGGACUUCACUGGAGAGACAGAAGCUUGAGAGUGAACUUCUUGGGGAACAGAUCAAGAGGAUCAUUGCUUGCGAGGGUUUUGAGAGGAAGGAAAGGUAUGAGAAGCUUGAAAAAUGGAUUCCAAGGCUGGAAAUGGCUGGUUUUAGGAGGGUGCCAUUAAGUUACUUUGGGAUGUUGCAGGCAAAGAGGUUGUUGCAGAGCUAUGGGUAUAAGUACAAGAUUAGGGAAGAGAAGGAUUGUUUGCUUUUGUGUUGGAGUGAUAGGGCACUUUUUUCUGUAUCAGCUUGGAGUUUCAGAAGAUGAACAAUGUGUGAUAUUGCUGCAAUAUUUGAAAGGUCCCUCGUAUUAUUAUAGGGCCAUGGUUUUGAAGAGAUAUAAUUGAAUAAUAUUUGAUUACCCACU